AUGCCGUCAAAGCUCUUGAAGUUUGUGCCUAGGCCUAUGAAGUGCGACCUGAAGAAGAAAUUUGACAAGUUAUUUAAGAGGACAUCGGGAGGCGCCGCGCAGAUGGGUGUGGUUACCAACCCAGAUGUUCAAGAGAUGCCUCAAAGCUCGGUCGACGACAACCCCGCGGUAGAACGAGAACGAGAACAAGAUGUUGAUGAACCGACCCCCUUCACUGUCAAUGAUGCACGAGACGCUCAUGAACUUGUGCAUGUCGCCAACUCCCUCAUGGCCGAACAGAAAUCACAGCUGUCGCUGUCAAACCUCGACAAUUCUGUAUUGCUCUUUCGGCAAGUUCUCCAAAGUCGGGAUUCGGGACAUCCACUGCGCAAACAAGCUAUGAAUGAUCUUGCGUCGGCGCUGGGCGUCAGGUAUAUGUAUACGAACCAAAGGCCGGAUGUCAUGGAGUUCUUGCAACUUGUAGGCGAUGUCGACCAAGCUGUAGGUCAGCAGGCGGAUGCUGCAGUUAGCAACGAAAACAGUUCAGAGAUGGAAUCUCAAGCAAACCUUGCAACCGGAUUGCUGCGGAACUUCCACAAAUCGACCUCACUUGAUGUUCUCAACCGUAUCGUCGAUAAUAUUCAGAAGGCACUCCCACACCUUCCGGCCGAACACGCGACUCGUAUGAUUGCUUCCCCUACCCUUGUCAAUGCAUUAUAUGCGCGUCAGCAUCACACUGAUGAUUUGACUGCGAGUGACCUCAGUGAAGCCAUUUCUGUCUUAGAAGAAGCUAUCACUCACGACCCCACCUCAUGGAACUUGGUUUUUCAGGUUUACAUUUUGCUAGUGGAACGAUUCAACCUCAAGGGUGAUGCUCUCGAUCUUCAGUCCGCCAAGUCUCACCUUGCGAAGCGAUACGUACAAAUGAUGAUGCCAGCAAUGACACAACAACCUAAGUCCGCGGAGGAGCUUUUUGACCACUACUUCAAAACGAGGAAUCUCGACGAUCUAAAUUCUGCCAUUGAGGCUUUUAGGAAAGAGAUAGCUACCUUGGCUCGUGGAACCGAAAGCUAUGCCUUUAGGAUCAAUGGACUUGCGUGUGCGCUAUGGUCUCGAUUUAAAAACGGAGGUGGGGAUUCGAGCGACAUCGAUGAAGCAAUAUCUUUGCAUGAACAAAAUAUCGACCUACUUCCUCCUCCUCAUCCUAGUCUACGCCUCUUUACAUUAAAUAAUAUGGCCAUCGCUCUGUCGGCUCGCUUUGACAUUGAAAAAAACCAAAACGACCUUGAUAAAGCCAUAUCACUUCAUAGGACGGCCAUUUCAGAAGUCAAACAUGGAACCGAUCCUCCACCCGACUCUCUCUUUAACUUGGCGAAUGCUUUACUGACUAGAUCCAAGCAAGGCCAACAAUAUGCGCAAGACUCCGACGAGUCCAUAACGCUAUAUAAAAAGGCCCUCGAUCUGUAUCAUCCUACUCAUUCCAAUCGGUCCAGUGCACUUGAUAACCUAGCAGCUGCGCUUGUAUUCCGCGUUGACCAAGGACGCGGUGACACAGAUAACCUCAACGACGCCCUGUCCCUGAUCAAGCAAGCUCUUGCACUCUGCCCUCCUAGUCAUCCUCUACGUUCUCAUGUACUCAGCAAUAUGGCCUCCGUGCUGUCAACUCGUUUCAGUAAAGGGAUGGGUUCCCAAGCUGAUCUUCAUGAAGUCGUUUCCCUGCGUAGACAAGCUCUUGAACUACAAUCUGGCAACCAUCCUAACCGAGCGAACUCCCUAAGUGAUCUUGCAACUUCACUCACGAUCCGCUUCGAACAAGGGCUUGGGACCACAAGCGAUCUGGAUGAUGCUAUUACCUUCUUCAGACAAGCCCUUGAACUGCGUCCGUCGACGCAUCGCAAUUACGUUGCCACAUUAUACCAUUUAGCAAACUCACUAACGACACGUUAUAACCAAAGAAGUCAGUUAGAUGACCUCGACGAAGCCAUUGUUUUGCAUAGGGAAGCACUCGAUCUCCACCCUCCUCCUCACCCCAACCGAGCCAAUUGCUUGAAUAGUCUUGCAAAUGUUCUAUUAACCCGGUUCAGACAAACGCUUGAUCAAAGUAACCUUGAUAAGUCGAUUAGAUUACACAGACAGGCUCUUGAACUAGUGCAGCAACUUUCUGAUCCCGACCAUGCAUCCGUACUCGAGGGCCUGGCUGUAUCUUUGUCCACUCGCUUCAUGCUAAAAGAUCAGCAGUGUGACAUUGACGAAGCCAUAUCUCUGGAUAGGAGAGCCUUGAAACUGCGACCGCCUUCCGCUAGUUUUCAACCACUUACUAAUUUGGCGGUCAAUUUGGCAACUUUGUUUGAUCAUAGCGUUCAGGAGCGCGAUCUGGAUGAAGCUAUAGAGCUACAUAGACAGGCUGAACUGCUUGUCCAAUCUCCAGCUCACCCUAAUCGUUCGAUGACGCUUAUAAACUUGGCAAACACCCUCUAUAGACUCUUCGAACACAAACAACAGCGGGCUGUUCUCGAUGAAGCCAUGCUAUUUUUCUCUGAAGCUACAAAAUGCCUUCACCAAUCACCAUCUCGUCGUUUUGACAUUUCAAAGCAAUGGGCGCACGCUGCAGACAGGUAUAACCAUGAAUCUGUAAUUACUGCCUAUGAAACUGCUGUACAAUCCUUACCGCAAGUAGCCGCUUUGACGUUGACGAUCGAGCUAAGGCAACAAGCUUUGGCGUCGACGGGGAGCGACGGACUGGCCAGGGAUGCCUCUAGCUGCGCCAUCCGCUUCAUGGAUUACACCAAAGCUAUUGAAUUCUCUGAAGCAGGACGGGGUGUCUUUUGGUCUCAGCUUCUUUCACUUCGUUCACCGUUUGACCGAGUGAGGGGAGUUGAACCGGAUGGUCCAAUGUUGGCCGACAGACUUCAGGAAAUAGCCCUGGAGCUCGAAUACGGUGCACAUCGACAAAUUUUAGCGGGAAGUCUGGGUAACCCCACCAGACUAGUUGUAGACCAAGAGUCAAGUCGCGUGAACCGCCUCGGGGAGGAAUGGGAGAAUAUUCUGCGCAACGUUCGGAAACUGCGUGGCCUCGAAAAUUUUUUACUCCCGCCGCGCUUAUCGACCCUUCAAACAGCCGCUUCAAAGCAUCCGAUCUGCCUCAUCAUUUCUUCCAAGGACAGCAGCCACUGCCUCCUUAUGAAGUCGACGACAAUUCAUGACAUCCCCCUUCCAAAUUUAAAUGCUUCUUUCCUCAAGAUACUCGUCGAAAAUUUGCAAAUGGGUGUUUCAACAUCCACGAGACCACAAUCCGAUUUAAUGAAUAGAACCAGAAAUGCAGUAAACAAAAUUCUUGGAGACAAAAGAGGAAUAAGCUACUUGGAUGAUAGCGAGGACUCGGAUGGAAUUUUUAAGUUUGUUUUGAGAAUACUUUGGGACGAAAUGGUGAAACCUAUUAUUGAUUUCCUACAGUUUGAGAAGCGCUCAGAAAACUUGCCUACUCUCCAAUGGUGCCUAACUGGGCAUUUUACUUUUCUCCCGAUACAUGCCGCAGGAAACUAUGAUGACGAAAAAUGCAUCGACUGCGCGCUUGAUUACUUCAUUUCUUCCUACACUCCGACAAUAUGCGUGCUUUGUUCUGAAGGGCCACCUACUCCCCCCACAACGACAACGUUCCAGCCGUUUCAGAUGAUGGCUGUGAUCCAGCCGCAAGCCUUACCUGCCACAACGGACGAACUUCAGAAAAUCCAGCAGUACGUGCCUAGCAACGCUCUUGUUGCUCUGGGCACUCCUGAAGCUCCAGCAGCAGCUGAGGAUGUUCUCGCUUGA